CUGUUCAUCGAGCGGAUUCAUCCAUAUCUCCGAACUCCAUCCAUUUGGUCAAAUCGCAAGCAGAGAGACACCGACAUAGACCGACAUGGCAGAAUUCGACAUCUCCGAGCUUCCGGAAGGCUGCAUUGCCAACGUGCUGUCCCUCACCAGCCCCCGCGACACUGGCCGGCUGUCCUCCAUCUCCGCCACCUUCAGAUCCGCCGCAGACUCCGACGCUGUCUGGCGCCACUUCCUGCCGCCCGACUACGAGUCCAUCGUUGCUCAUUCAUCGGAUUCGUCGUCCCUCCAUGGGCUUCCGCUCAAGGAGCUCUACUUCCGGCUCUGCACCAACCCGAUCCUCAUCGACGAGGGCAGAAAGAGCUUCUGGCUGGAUAAAUGGAGCGGUAAGCAAUGUUACAUGCUAUCAGCAAGAGACCUGUUCAUCGUUUGGGGUGAUACACCGAGGUACUGGGGGUGGACCUCCAGCUUCAAUCCCAAGUCGAGGUUCCCUGAGGUGGCUGUUCUUCUGGCUGUCUGUUGGCUAGAGAUUCGUGGCAAGAUCAAUGUUGCAGUCUUGUCCCCAUCAACACGUUAUGCAGCUUACCUUGUGUUCUCAUACGAUGAGAUGGCCUAUGGAUUUGACAACCGACCCGUAGAGGUCGGGGUCGGGUUUGUGGGCAGCGAGGAAUCCAGAAUGAGAAGCGUCUAUUUAGACAUGGAGACAAGACAGAGGCAACGAUAUCAAAUAGUUCCGCGCAUCAGGCGGUUCAAUUUCUCAAAUCCUAGCCGCAUCUUGGGCCCAGCUACGCCCUCUCCUAGACAAGAAGAUGACAGAGGGGAGUACCCGAAGGAGAGGAGCGAUAAGUGGUGGGAGAUAGAGCUAGGCGAGUUCACCACAGGGGAAGGACCAGAGGGAGAGCUCGAGAUGAGCGUCUUGGAGGUGAAGGGCGGGGGCUGGAAGAAGGGGCUCGUCAUUCAAGGGAUCGAGAUCAGGCCCAAGGACGGGAAAUGAGACGCGAUGCUUUCAUGCGUUCAAUAUAUAGCGAGGUAAAUCUACAGGUCGAAGGGCCGUUUGUUCCUAUCUGCAUAGUAAAGAAGCAGAGAAAAUCCGCUCUCUCAUCUCCUCUUAUUAACUUAACUGUCCCAAGUUUAUUUGUUGAACUAUUCCAAUAGAUUUGGCUUCUCUUAUUCCUGUCUAGGCUUGUAGCAGUGUUUGAGAUUCAAAUUUCCGUACUUCGAAUCAAGACGAAGGGCGAGUUUGUUGCAAUAUGCUCGAUUCUAGAUGGAUCGAUACCGACAAUCUCAUAUUCGACAACGUGAUUUGACCUUGGAAUGAACGUGACAUCCAUAGAGUACCUUUUAA